GCCUCACACCUCCCCCGGGGACGGAGCCUCACAACCUUCCUGCACCUGCCAUGGGGCGACAUGGAGCCUGAGACCGCCUGGAAGAGCAGGGGGACUCUGGGACAUGACCAUGAACUAGAGGCGUGCACGGGAAGGAUGGCUUCCAAGGAGAAGCUUUAUGAAUUGUGGCUGCUGUACUUCACCAAGAAAGACCUGAAUUACCUGCAGCAAUGGUUGGAGGCUUUCGUCACAAACUUUGAGAAGAUCAUCACCGUGAACACUCUGGAGCCAAGAAGACCUGAAGACUCUUCCUCGGAGAUCCCUGUGUUACCCAGAGAUGUGCUGAAGGUGCUGAGCCAGCAGCUUGGGCUGUGUGCGGAGGAUAUUAAGGCCGACGUGAGCUUGAACCAGGCGCUCCUCCUCCUCAAGUUCUUCAUCAUCAUCAGCAGAAAUUUGGAAAACGUGGAAAAGGAGAGGACGCCAGUUUUCGUAUGUGAGGUCAUUCAUCUACUGACGGCUUCCACCAACAAGUUAAAGAGCCCGCCCCGAGAGGAGGAGCGAGAGACGCGCGGCCUGACGGAGAGCGUCGCCGUCUACGCCCUGCACCUGUGCGAAUGUCUCUUCGAUCCCUACCAGACGUGGAGGAGACAGCUGGGAGGGGAAAUUGUGAGCGCGAAAGAAAAGAGUAAAUAUAAGUUUUCGCCCGCGGCUCUGCCGCCAGAGUUCUGCACCUUCUUUCGAGAUGCUUUUCACAAUGGGGACAACCUUCCUGAGUUGGUCAGAUUACGUCUGGUCCAUCUGUUUGGUGCCAUCAUCACCGGCUCUAAGGCGAACGCGCUGCUCCUCAUCACCCCGGCCUCCGUGGAUGUCCUGAUGCUGGUCCUGCAGAGCUGGUGUGUCGGUCAGGAGGAGCGGGACCCGCGGGUGCUAAAACUGGCGCUGGGCUGCCUCAUCUCCAUGAUCCACAUCCUGCACGGCAGCAGCCCCGGCCAGAGGCGGGUGGAGAUCAGGCAGAUCCUAGACUGCUACUUCAAGGUCCUCAACUGCGACCGGCCCCUGUAUUCUGCAGAGAGAGCGCCGGGACCACACUGGGAGGAGGGACUGCUGGCCCUGCGCAUCAACAUGCUCCGCGCCAUUCCUCAGAUGCUGGACUGCAGCGACCGCCCCGUCCUACAGGCCAUAUUCCUCAGCAACAACUGCUUCGAGCACAUCAUACGUCUGAUCCAGAACAGCAAGCUUUAUUUGAGCAGUGGUCACCGGACAGAGGAGAGUGGGAGUGAUCUGACCACUCAGCUGCUAACCGAGCACGAUAUAAUGAAGGUGAUCGACAGCGAUUCAGACGCCAUCACCGUUAACGCCAUUGGAGUCCUGACCUCCAUCAUGAGGAACUCUCCUUCCGCCAAGGAGGUCUUCAAGGAGCGGAUUGGAUAUCCACAUCUGUACGAGGUCCUGAAGAGCCGCAGCCAGCCCACCAAGCGUCUCCUCCAGCAGUUACUGAACAUGGCUGUGGAAGGUCCUUACAACUCAGAUCCCAUGAACUUCAUCCAGAAUGAGCAGCCGCUGCUUAUCCUGGUCCAGUGGAUCCCGGAUCUUUCUCCCAGGCAUCUGCAGAUCUUGGUGUCGGAGUGGUUGAACCAGAUCUGUGACUCCACGCUGCGGAACCUCAUGACGUGUGUGCAGGCAGGAAUGGUGGCCCAAAUCCUGUGCGCCCUGAGCAGCAAAGAGGCGCUGGACGUAAAGUGCGCAGAAAACCUCAUCCAUCUUCUGCAGGUUUUGGGGCGACUUUCGAUCAGACCCAGCGAGCUCCGGGACCUGAUCGGACUCCUCCGGGUGAACGGCAAUGUUGCCCAUCCAUACGCAACGCAGGUUAUCCGUGCUCUGUCUGCCAUGGCCAGGAAGGACGGGCCGGAGAGGGCAUUGCAGUACUUUGACCUGACCCCCAGUAUGUCCGGUAUUAUGGUGCCAGCCAUGCAGAAGUGGCCCGGUGCCGGGUUUGCCUUCCAUGCCUGGAUCUGUCUGAACGAUGACAUGAAAGAAGAAUCCCAGACUGGAAGAAGACGCAAGCAGCUGUACAGUUUCUUUGCAGCGAGCGGGACGGGCUUCGAGGCGUUCUUCACCGCGGACGGCAUGCUGGUCGUGGCUGUCUGUACGAAGAAGGAAUACAUGACGGUCGCCGUUCCUGAGCUGCAGUUCAAUGACUCCUUGUGGCACUGCGUGGACAUCGUACACAUGGCAGGACGCCGACCGUUCGGACAGAACAUGGUUCAUAUUUACGCAGACGGGCAGCUGAGGAAAACUGCGCCGCUACGCUUUCCAUCCCUCAAUGAGUCCUUCACCUCUUGCUGUAUUGGUUCUGCCGGGCACCGCACGACCACCACAGUGUCCACCUCUCCAUCUCAUACCCCGGACCUCACCUUCGCCUCUCACUCCUUGCUCAGCCGCUCCCAGUCCUUCCCAGCCACCUCGGUGGGACACGGCUGGGGUCUCGGUGGGACACAGAACUCACGGGAGGGUCUAGUGUCCACCAUUGUGGCCGGAACCCAGGACACUGAAUGGGGGACCCCUACCUCAUUAGAAGGUCAUCUGGGCACCGUGUCCAUCUUUCAUGACUCCAUUCAGGCACCUCAUGUAAAGGCCUUGUACCUGGCGGGACCGAACUUUGUGUCUCCCUUGACACCAGAGAGCGAGUUUUCCGAACUCGGGGCCAAACUUCUGCUCUUCUACACUCCGCAGGCUUCCAAAAAUAACAUUUGCCUGGACCUGUCCCCGAGUCGAGCAUUUGACGGGAGGUUGACGGGGCACAGAGUGGUCACAUGGGAUGUAAAGGACGUGGUGAGCUGCGUUGGGGGGAUGGGCGUCCUUCUGCCUCUGCUGCACCAAGUAGCCUUACAGACCAAAGAAGACCCCGAAGUUCGGGAGACCCACGAUCUGGUGGGCCCUGAGCUCACCUCCUCCAGGAAUGCCCAAUCCAUGCAGCUUCCCCUGGGAAAAUCCUCCGAGAGCCGACUGGAGAGGAACGGGGUGGCGGCCUUCCUUCUCAUGGUGAAGAACUUCAUCCAGGGUCACCCCACCAAUCAGGAGAGCUUGCUGCAGUGUCACGGGCCGGCCGUCAUAGGGGCGCUCCUGCAGAAGGUGUCUCCUCUCACACUGGACAUGAAUGUGCUUAUGGCCUCCCAGAUGCUGAUGGACCAGAUCGCGUCUGAAGGUCACCACUACCUGCUCCACUACCUCUACCAGCACCUGCUCUUUGAUUUUCGUAUCUGGAGCAAUAGUGAUUUUGCUGUGCGGCUUGGUCACAUUCAGUAUCUCUCGUCAAUCAUGAAGGACCACAAGCAGCGAGUGCGGAGGAAAUACGGCGUGCAGUACAUUCUGGACUCUGUCAGGAGGCAUUAUGGGAUGCAGAAAGAAGAGCAGAUCACUUCGGACAACAUGAAGACCGUCCAGAUGUCCCUGUUCAGUCUUACCAAAGAUUUCCUCUCCAAGAACCCGUGUCCAGAGGAUUUGCACAGUGUGCUGAAUUACACAGCGAGUGUGAAUGAUGAAGAACAGGUGUGCGGGAUCUUGGAUGUUCUUCUCAGCCUCCUGAAGGCUAAUAUUAGCAGUGAGCAGUUGUACGCCUUUCUCCUGGAACAAGGAAACGUUGACGUCUUCUAUUUCCUUCUUGUCCAGAAAAAGUUCUCAGAUCGUUUGAGGGAAAAAGUUUUCAAGGUCCUGUUCAAGUUGGUGAAGUACGAGAAGGUGAAUGAGCGGCUGAAGCAUCGGCUGAAGCUGAAGGACCUGGGCUAUCAGGGUCUCAUCACCUUCCUCGGUGACGUCCCAGUCUCCAUGCUGCUGAUCCGCUGCCUCUCCGAACAAGUCCUAGUCUCUGAUGUGACGCCUAAUUAUAAGGAUCUUUUGGCGGUGGUGUACCUGUCGCACAGGGCGGAGCUACCGGUGAAGCUCGAUGUUUGCCGUAAGCUCUUCCACCUCAUCUACUCCCAACAAGACAUCAUACGACAGCUGGCCAAGCAGAUCGGGUGGCAGGACAUCCUGACCAAGCUUUACAUCAAGGAGUCCUACGAGUCCAGGCCCCGAAGCCUGAGUAGUCCCAUGUACGGGAGCACUGUAUGUCCCCUGAAGAGGAUGGGCAGCAGUAAAGACCAAGAGCCGAGCAUUUCCCGGGACAGCUCCAUUGACCAGUCCGAUCCGGACCCUGUAUUCCAGAACUUUGAGGCCCCUGACUUGGAUUUCUCUGAAGGCUUCUCUGAUCAUUCCAUUUCACCCGCAGUCAAAGACAAAGUGUUCCUCUCUUAUAAUUUCAAGUCGUUCGAUUCCUCAGACCAAGCGAGUCACUCUUCUUCCAACAUGGUGGAUGCGGCGGGAUCAGAGGAGACCAGCUGCACUGGACCCCCCUAUGACAACAUCUACCAGCCCCUCUCCCCCUUCUCCAUGUCUCCGUUUGAUCUACAUUUGGACCUGGGAAGCGCUAGCUCCAGUGUCACAGUGGAAAGCGGGAACGAGACGCCAAUCAGCCAGCCGGGGACCCCCUCACCCCUGGAGACCUUCAAACCCUUCCCCGGCAUGCGGGUGAGGAAGAGUUCCAGCCUCUCCAACGUCCUGGAUGAGAACAGCUACCAGGAGACCCUGCCCAGCGACACCAUCUCCAACACCAGCAACCCACAGCAGACCCCAGAAGAAGAGCUGUGCAACCUUCUGACCAACAUUAUCUUCUCUGUCACCUGGAGGGGAGUGGACGGUCAGGAGGACGUGGCCUGGAAGGAGCGUGGUCAGGUCUUCUCUGUCCUCACCAAGCUGGGAUCAGCCUGCGAACUAGUGAGACCACCUGAUGAGAUCAAAAGGAGCCUCCUGGAGAUGAUGUUGGAAUCGUCUCUGACUGACAUAAAAGAGGCGUCUCCAUCCUCCUUCCUCGGUCACAAUGUACUGAAGCUCCUGCGCCUCCUGCAAGACUUCCUGUUCUCCGAAGGUGACAGCAAUGAAAUCCUCUGGAGCGAGAAGAUAUUUGAGGGGGUCACUAACUUACUGGAGAAGCUGGAUGUCUGGAAUUACUUGGUAAACGGGACGUCUGAGCUGAAGGAGAUGGCGCAGAUCGGCCUCAGGAUCAUCAUAGGGUUCAUCAAGUUAGAUGACCAGCAGAUGCAUCUAUUGGCUUCCUCAAAGCUUCAUGAAAUUCUGAAAUAUGCCACCGCCCUGAAGAAGGAGGAGGCGUGCUUCCUGCUGGGGAGUCUGCAGACCCCGCUUCUCAGCUCGCUCAGCGCCAAGUCUGAGACCUUCCUAGGCCUGGUGCCCAUCAUCCGGACCAUCAUGGACCAGUGUUACGACUGCCUCAAGCUUCAGCAACAUUUACCCUCCCUGCCCCCCACCAACGGGAGCCCAACCUUCCACGAUGAUCUCCGGAGGUUCUGCACCACGGCCGAGUGGAAGCUCUUCAUAGAGAAGCAGGUGCAGCCCGCCAUGGAGCAACUAGAAAGGGAAACGUUUUCAAAAGGCCACAACCAGAUGUCGUCCUUCUGGAACUCCUGUUACGACGCUCUCAUGAGCAGCUCCUUAAGAAGGGAGUCCGAGAAGGGGGAGAGCAGGGGCAGAUUUCAGGAGCUGGUCCUGGAGCCCGUCCUGAAGAGGAUCCGCACGGAGAACCAGCGCUAUAAUGGCGUCCUGAAGCAGGUUAACAGCAACCACAGCGCUGUGCUGAGGCAGUGGAGAUCGCUCCUGCGUCUGCUGACCGCCCCCCGCGGAGCCUGGGCUGACCAGAGCCCUGCGGAGGUGAGGUGGAAGCUGUCCAGCGCUGAGACCUACUCCAGGAUGAGGCUGAAGCUGGUGCCCAAUUACCAGUUUGAUGCGCACAUCGAGGCCAGCGCCCUCCGCGACAACCUAGGUGCCGACCCCAGCCAUGCGCUGGCAGAGUCCUUUCCGCUCUCUGUGGCCAAGGAGGCGAAAGUGAAUGAACAAGAGGACGACCAGCUGGCCGAAGAGGAGCUGCAGAAUAUCUCCCAUGUGGAGAUCCCGCAGCCGAGCCAGAAGGAGAAGCUGGUGAUCUCCGAGGACUGCGAGCUCAUCACCAUCGUGGCGGUCAUCCCCGGGCGGCUAGAGGUCACCACGCAGCACAUCUACUUCUAUGAUCUCACCAGCGACAAGGAGGAGACGGAGGAAGGUAUUGGCUAUGACUUUAAGCGUCCGCUCUCCCAGCUCCGUGAAGUUCACCUGCGGCGGUAUAAUCUCCGGAGAUCAGCCCUGGAAUUCUUCUUCAUUGACCAAGCCAAUUACUUUAUCAACUUUAAGAAGAAGGCCAGAAAUGUGGUGUAUUCCCGGAUCCUGGGCUUGAACCCCCCCAACCAGUUUCUCUUGGGUAGACGUUCUCCACAGGAGCUGCUCCAGGCUUUAGGGCUGACCCAGAAAUGGGUGUGGAGGGAGAUUUCUAACUUCGAGUACCUUAUGCAGCUGAACACGAUCGCCGGGAGAACAUACAACGACCUCUCGCAGUAUCCAGUGUUUCCUUGGAUUUUGAGAGAUUACGUUUCUGAAACCCUGGACCUGAAUAACCCGGAAGUUUUCCGCGACCUCUCCAAACCCAUCGGGGUGGUGAAUGAGCGCCAUGCACGGGAGGUAAAAGAGAAGUACGAGAGCUUUGAAGACCCCACAGGCACAGUGGACAAGUUCCAUUAUGGCACCCACUACUCCAAUGCGGCCGGAGUGAUGCACUACAUGAUCCGCGUGGAGCCCUUCACUACGCUGCACAUUCAGCUGCAGAGCGGCAGGUUUGAUUGCUCCGAUCGGCAGUUUCACUCUAUCCCCGCCGCCUGGCAGGCCCGCAUGGAGAACCCCGUGGAUGUCAAAGAGCUGAUUCCCGAGUUUUUCUAUUUUCCUGAAUUCCUGGAGAAUGAAAACGGGUUUGACCUCGGUUGUCUCCAGAUCUCCAAUGGUAAGGUGGAUGACGUUGUGCUGCCGCGCUGGGCCUCGUCACGGGAGGACUUCAUUCACAAGCACAGGCAGGCGCUGGAAUCGGAGUACGUUUCUGCGCAUCUUCAUGAAUGGAUAGAUCUGAUCUUCGGCUACAAGCAGAGGGGGGACGCAGCCGUGGAGGCGCUAAACGUGUUUUAUUAUUGCACAUAUGAGGGUGUAGUAGACCUGGAUGCCAUUGCGGAUGAGUUGGAGAGGAAGGCAUUGGAGGGGAUCAUCGGUAACUUUGGGCAGACCCCCUGCCAGCUUCUCAAGGAACCUCACCCACCGCGUCUGUCCGCUGAGAAUGCCGCCAGGAGACUCUCCAGGAUGGACACGUACUCGCCCAAUCUGUUUGAGAAGUUAUCUGAGCUGAAGUCGUUCUUUGUGGAGGCUAUGAUGGAAGGAGUCCCUUUGGUGCAGGCUGUGGUCCCCAAAAACCAGGCUCAUUCCUUCAUGACUCAGGGGUCUCCAGAUGUGCUGGUUACAGUUAGUGCAAAUGGUCUUCUGGGCACUCACGGCUGGCUGCCCUACGACAAGAACUUCUCCAAUUACUUCAGCUUCACAAAGGACCCCACCGUCUCCAACGCCAAGACACAUCGCUUCCUCUGUGGCCCCUUUGCCCAGGGCGCUGAGUUGUCCUCUUCAAUCCUGGCCGUGUCUCAUGACGCAAAGCUUCUGUUCAGCGGUGGACACUGGGACAACAGCCUGCGGGUCACUGCCCUGAGCAGGGGGAAGGUCAUUGGCCACAUCAUCCGGCACAUUGAUGUGGUGACGUGCCUGGCUCUGGACCUGUGUGGGAUUUACCUCAUUUCUGGAUCUCGGGAUACGACCUGCAUGAUCUGGGAGGUUCUGCAGCAGGGUGGUCUUUCCUUAGGAUUGUCUCCGAAGCCUGUGCAGGUCUUGUACGGUCAUAACGACGAAGUGACGUGCGUGGCCAUCAGCACGGAGCUGGACAUGGCCGUCACCGGUUCUAAGGACGGGGCGGUCCUAGUGCACACUAUCCGGCGGGGGCAGUUCAUGAGGUGUAUUAAGCCCCCCUGUGAGAGCUCUCUGCCCCUGACCAUCUCCCACCUGGCUGUUGGCCUGGAGGGGCAGAUAGUCUUCCAGAGCACGAUUGAAGGCAGGAGCUCCCUGAAGGAUAAGUUUGUGCUGCACCUCUACUCCGUCAAUGGGAAGCACCUGUCCUCUGUGUGCCUGGAGGAGCAGGCCUCCGCCCUGUGCGUCACGCAAGACUACGUGGUCCUCGGCACCAUGCAGUGCUCUCUGCAGAUUCGGGACCUGCGGAGCCUUGGCCUGGCGGUCAGUCCACUGCCGAUGAAGGUUCCUGUGCACUGUGUGUCCGUGACCAAAGAAAACAGCCACAUCUUAGUGGGCCUGGACGACGGAAAACUGAUUGUGGUGGGAGCUGGACAACCCCUGGAGGUGAGGACAGGACAAUUCACCAGGAAACUCUGGGGCUCCACUCGACGCAUUUCGCAAGUGUCUUCUGGAGAGACUGAGUACAGACCAACUGAAUCCAAGUGAGAAAAGACUGAGUGAUGAUGUGAAGACCUCAAGUGCCUGACAGGAACCCUGUUUUGACGAGAAACGACGCCCUGGUUCUUGUCCUGGAAGUCGGAUGUGGAACCUUCUUGGUUGGUCGUGACAUCCAUUUUCUGCCACAAUUAUUAUGGUCGAUAUCUGGAUCAUGUCCAGGUCUUCUCCUUCCUACAAGCAAUAACAUGGGAUCUAAUCACUCCGUGUGGAGACCACUUGCACCUUCUUACAGACUGGCUGCCUUAAAGGGGAAGUGGCAGUUUGUGUGUCUUGGGUUAUAAUAUAAUGAAGAUACGAAAGAGUCAGAUUUCUACGUUUUACUAUCGGGCGUGGCUGACACAAGAGCCGCACGCCAAUGAGGACGAGGCCACUGCCGCUGCUCUGUGGACUUUAGGGGGCGCCACAUCCGCAUUCUGCUGCCGUUUUAUCAAGCUCCUCUAUUUUUAUUGACUUUUGUAGUAAACACUGUAACAGAUUUUACAGAAGGACGGAGCGGACAUUGCACUUAAUCCCCUGGAUCUGUGUCUUCUCCUGGUCCGGCGCUGGUCGCUGCGACACGUUACGGUCUCUUUCCUGCUGAGCUCACGCAUUUCGCAGCAUUCUGAGCACGUUACAGCAUUUCCUUCCUGUUACUGAGAUUCGUUCCAAGAUUUUUGUGUCCCCCCCCCCAAAUAUGAGAUUUUUUUGCUCUUUAUGGACCAGAGGGCAGGACGUGCAAUGCGCUGGGCAGGGGAGGGCGCUGUGGGUUCAUUUAAUUGUUUACGGUUUAUUGUGCAGGUUUCAUGGCUUUCGUGUCAUUUAAGACUGUGGUUGUAGGUCACUGAUCUGGGCCCAAGAUGUGAAAGAUUUGUAUUCUGUACGGUGACUACUGCUCUGUGGUGGGUUAUGGGCUCUGGUUUCUAGGGUCUUUACUUCUAUUUGCACUAAUUUCCCAAAAUUCAUGUUGCUAUGUGAUUCAACCGUUGCCGUUUUCUACUGAUUUUAUAUAAUAUGUCCAACGGAGUAUAUAUAUAUAUGCAUAUCGAGACUAUAUGGCUUGUUAUGGGUGGAUCUCAUAUUGUAUGUACCAGGUCUUAUUCCAGGGAAAAUUGCCUAUGUUUUUUUUGGUGUGGGAAUGAGAAUUUUGGGAAUUUUAUUAAUAAGAUUUUUGAAACAUUUUUGAAUCCUGAUGCAGGACAUUUCUUUCUGAAUUUAGGGAGGAUAUGACGCCGAUCCUGUAAUGUUACGAUGAUCACCCUCGUAUAUAUAUAUAUUUUUUUUUUAUAGAUCUCUUUUCUACUCCUUGUGCAAUAAGCGUUUCAUUGAUUUAAAAAGUUGAGGGCAAAAAUUAUAAGUUUCUUAUAAAAAAAAAAAACUGGGCAACUGGCAGGAAGACUGCUUCCUAUAUGAAAAGUGAUGAGCUAGAACUUUUAACCCUUAUGUACUGUAACCUUAUGUAUGAUGGGGUAAUACCGCUACCUUAUACUGAGAUGGUCCUGUACCAGGAGUGCAGUCAUUGAUGUCAGGCCUUGCUGGUGGUGAAGGAGGAUCAUACAGUAUUUUGGCUUUACUAUGCCCAUGACUGGAAUGUUUCCCCCUUCCAGUGAUUAUAGUUUGUGAAUCCUGAGGCCGGUGGGCAUUCUGAGGUGAAUUCCUCUGUUACUGUAGCUCAUUCUGCUUAUAGAUCUGAAUUGUUACUUCAGUGUAUGGCCUUAUAGUUGAUACACAGAGGGGACCGCAAUGGGGGCUGCACACACGCCACGCUUAGCAUUCCAUUAAACAGUGACUACAAUGAUUACUCACUGAUAAAUCUGUUGGGUACUAAUGCUCAAGGUCAUGUCACCUGCUUGUUUGGGGUACAGUCCCUGUAAUUUUGCACGGUACAAAUUAUUUUGUUAAAGUUGUGCAGUUUCCUCUCCUCGCUGUCCCACUUAUAAUUGGUAAUCAUGAAGGUCGUGCACUAUUUCUUUUGUGGGCGCAGCUUAAAUAUUGAGACAGUUGAAGACAUCUUGUUAAUGGCCCGGUUUCUGUGCCCACUCCUGUACCCCGCUUUCAGAAGGUGUGGAGAUUAUAAAGAGGUCAGUAAUUAUAGGAUUUCUGGUACCGCAUUGUGCCUGGGGCUCCUUGGCCUCUUAUUGGACAUUAGAGGCGAUAUAACCGUUACUUAGGACAUGUUACAUUUCUGUAUCACGGAGGCGCAUUGCUUCUGUAUGGUGUUCAUUAUAUUGUUCCGUCUGAUAUUGGGGACGCCUCCCCCAAUCACAUGCACAAUAGGGACCAAUGGGCCAGCGCUUCCUGUCUGAGCUCGGUGCCCAUCAUGGACAUCAUUUGGUAUAUUGGGGGUCACCCCUUCCUCACUCUAGAGGUAACUGGGGGAACCCCCUCCUGUUUCUUGCAAAGAUCAAGCACAAUGAAUGAAUGUUGCCUUAAACUUGAAUCUGUUGGCGCAGUCCCUGACCUGUAGCUGUAAUGUGGACGAUAAAGAUUGUGUUUUAAAAAAAAAUCUAUUUACA